GGAUGAUACAAAUGCAAUCAAGAAGAAAACCGUCAUCUACCACACGCGUCCUUCCCUUCUUUAAACAACAAUGGCUUCUUCAGUGGCCAAAGCCAUCACCACCACCUCCUCCGUCGCAAUCCUCCUCCUCAUCCUCCUCAAUGCCUCUCCCUGCAACUCAUCGAUUUCAGACGAAGACCCAUCGCCAACCCCAUGGCCCCACCAAUUCCACUCCAUUUUGGUGAUGAACUACACCGGAACCCUCCAGCUGAUCGACCUCUGGUACGACUGGCCCAACGGUCGAAACUUCAACAUCAUCCAGCACCAGCUGGGUUCGGUCCUCUACGACCUCGAGUGGAACAACGGAACCUCCUUCUUCUACACAUUGGACUCCGCCAGAGAGUGCAGAACCGUCCAGAUAGAAGUGGGUAUUCUCCGACCCAACUGGCUCGACGGAGCCAAGUAUCUGGGUCGCCGACACGUGGAUGGGUUCCUUUGCGAUGUUUGGGAGAAGGCCGACUUCAUUUCGUAUUAUGAGGAUGUUGCUACCAAGAGGCCUGUCCAUUGGGUCUUUUACACAGGGAGGGAGGCACACGUGAUGACGUUUGAGGUUGGGGCAGUGCUUGAGGAUGCCAAAUGGCAAGCCCCUUUAUACUGCUUUGAUAAGAAAACUGAAACUCACCCACAACCAGAACCAGAAGCAGAGUUUUCCAUCACUGGUGGUGGUGCUUCUUCAAUGGUUGGAUUUCUCAGAGGUUCAAAUCAAUUGGGAUUCAAUAUGUAAUGCUGUUUGUUCUGUAAUUUUUGUUCCCCUGUGAUCCGAUGGUACUCCGUGCCUGUAUAUAUAAAAAUAAAUUAUCUUAUAGUUAAUUAAGUUAAGCAGCAUUGAAUCGAUUUCGACUUCA